GGGCAGCUGGUGUAGUAGAGAGAGGGGUGGAAUCGUGCAGAAGUUACCACGUCAUUCCUGGGCGGCUGCCGCGUGUUCACCCGUAUGUGACGUGCCGCGCCCCCGCGUCGCCAUGGACAUGGAAAUGGUUUGCAGCUUCAACCCAUAAAUGAAAGGAAAGGAGAGGAGCUUUGGUAAAUAAUCCACUGACUUGAAGCAGAACCCAAAUAAGCCACAGGUUGACGUAGGUAAAUGGCUCCGAAGCAGAAGGAGGCAGCGAACAAGAAGAAGAAGAAGAAGGAGGUGGCAGUGUUGGUGAAGACCAAGACCAAGGUGGUGCAGCUCACCACCACCACCGCGGAGCUGGAGCUGGAGCCCACUGUCACUGUGCAGGUGGACGACAACAAGACGGGUGCAGCUGCAGAUGAGACGCCGCCGGUGGUGCCGCUGCAGAGCCAAGAGACGCAGGACCCCAACGAGCCCAAGGCGGCGGCAGCGAAGAAGAAGAAGCGCGCGGGGCAUGGAAGAAAAAGGAGUAGGAGGAGGAGAGGCGGUGCAUUGGAGUAUGGCGGGUACAAGAGGUACGUGUGGCGCGUGCUGAAGCAGGUGCACCCUGACUUGGGCGCCUCCGCCCAAACCAUGGACGUCCUCGACAUGAUGAUGGCCGACAUGUUCGAGCGCCUCGCCGACGAGGCCUCUCGCCUCUCCAAGCUCUCCGGCCGCCUCACCCUCACCUCCCGUGAGGUUCAGUCCGCCGUCCGCCUCGUCCUCCCCGCCGACCUCGCCAACCACGCCAUCUCCGAGGGCACCAAGGCCAUCUCUAACUACCUUUCCUAAGCUAGCUAGUCUCUGUUUCCCUUCUUUUAAUUGCUUCAGUUUGCUUAGCUCAACAGAGUAUGUACGUAGGAUCGAUUAAGUGCAGGGGAUUUGAAGCUUUAGUUGUAGCCUCUGUACAGAGCUACUAGUAGAUCAGUCUGUAAUCUCCCUUGCUAGCUAAUGUGAUUGUGAUGUCCAGUCAGUACUAGUACCUGUUUGCUGCUUAAUUACCGUCCUAACAAUA